CUCUCUAAAAUCCAAAAUUCGCAAUCAAUCUGUCUCUCUCAGAUCUCUCUUUUAUUUAUAGUGUUAGAUUAAGAACGAUGGCGGUGCCGAUUGUGGAUUUUCCGAUCUUCAUUCUGGUGAGGAUCGUCGGCGUCAUAGUCGCCGGACUCGUCAUUACAUGGAGUGUUCAUUACAGAGGAGGAUUAGCUCUCAUAGCGGAGAACAAAGAUCUCAUAUUCAAUGUGCAUCCUGUCCUAAUGGUUAUCGGACUAGUGCUUAUAAAUGGGGAAGCAAUGUUAGCUCACAAGACAAUCGAUGGAACAAAGGGACUUAAGAAAUUAGUUCAUCUAACAUUGCAAUUCCUGGCUUUCUGCUUGAGCCUAAUUGGUGUAUGGGCUGCUUACAAAUUUCACAAUGACAAAGGCAUUGACAAUUUCUACAGUCUCCACUCUUGGUUAGGGCUAGCUUCUCUAUUCUUAUUUUCCAUCCAGUGGGCUGCGGGAUUUAUGACAUUUUGGUAUCCUGGUGGUUCGAGAAAUGGAAGAGCUGCUUUAUUGCCAUGGCAUGUAUUUUUCGGUGUUUAUACUUAUGCUUUAGCAGUUGCAACUUGCACUACUGGAAUUCUAGAGAAAGUUACUUUUCUGCAAAGCAGUAAGGUGAUAUCGCGAUAUUCUGUUGAAGCAAUGUUAGUGAAUUCUUUGGGUGUUUUGAUUGUUGUUUUGGGCGGUUUAGUAAUUCUCGCGGUUGUUUCUCCUGUAACCUCAAAAGGUGACAUUCUUAGAGAGUAAGGAGAAGGUUAAAAUAUAUUCAACAGGAAUAGUUGUGUUUUUUUUUACAGAAAGUAAACUAAUGAUUGUAAAAGAUUACAAAUGAGUAAUAAAAUGUUUGUAUUGUCAAGU